AACCGUGAAAAUUCAAUAUGGCGCUGUGCACGGUUUAGUGAUGUUAGUUAACUCCAAGGAAAUGAAGUGCUUCUGAACGAGAACUAUAAAUAUCACGUAUUUUCAUUAACGAUAUUCAUAUAUGUACAGGUCUUUUGUGUUAAGUUUAUUAUCAAUAUUUGAAAAUGUGCUUCAAUUGAGAGUGACAUAACCUCACUCACUUUUAUAGUUCUUCCAUUUAAUUACUCUCUCUGUUUACCGGUUAUAAUACACAACCAUGAAACUCAAUCGCCUAUUAUUUAACGUAGCAACAGCUUCCAUUAAGCGUGAAUGUAGUGUUAAUAGAACUAAUAAGUUGUCAUUACUUCAGUCAAAAAGAUACAACAUGUCAGAUGCAUAUUGCCCGGAGGCUAUGGGCAAAGAUAUUUAUGAUGUAAUUGUAGUUGGAGGUGGUCAUGCUGGAACAGAAGCAUCUGCAGCUGCUGCACGUAUGGGAUGUAAUACAUUACUUGUCACUCACAAAAAAGAAACAGUUGGAGAAAUGUCAUGUAAUCCAUCUUUUGGAGGAAUUGGGAAAGGGCAUUUAAUGAAAGAAAUUGAUGCCCUGGAUGGUGUGUGUGGAAGAAUAUGUGAUAAAUCUGGCAUUCAGUACAAAAUUCUAAAUAAACGUAAAGGACCUGCAGUCUGGGGUCCUCGUGCACAAAUAGACAGGAAACUUUAUAAAUUACACCUUCAGCAAGAAUUGUUUUCAACACCAAAUCUACAAAUUGAAGAAGCUUCAGUUGAAGAUCUCAUUAUAGAAGACAUAGGGAUUGAUGGUGACAUUAGUAGUACUCAGUCGUGUUGCGGAAUAAUUUUGAGUGAUGGAAAAUUAGUUUUGGGUAAAACAGUUGUGCUGACUACAGGAACAUUCCUGAAAGGUCAAAUUAACAUUGGUUUAGAAAUAAUUCCUGCUGGGCGCAUAGGAGAUGCACCUGCUAUUGGUCUUGCCACAACUUUGGAACAUCUUGGAUAUCGAAUAGGACGUCUUAAAACAGGAACACCACCACGUUUAGAUGGUAGGACAAUUAAUUUUCAAAACUUGAUGAAACAAUAUGGAGAUAAUCCUCCUCAACCGUUUUCUUUCAUGAACAAUGAAGUGUGGAUUAAGUUUUUAUGCAUAUUACAAAAAUUCUAUAUUUCACGUAUAAACUACAGAUUUGGAGGAAGAGCACAUCAGAUAUGGCUGGAACCUGAAACUCUGGACGGUGAUGUUGUAUAUCCUAAUGGCCUUUCUUGUACAUUGCCAGAAGAGCUGCAAAUCAAACUGGUACAUCAGAUUGCAGGACUUGAAAAUGCCAAAGUAAUAAGACCAGGUUAUGGUGUCGAGUAUGAUUAUGUUGAUCCAAGAGAACUGAAAUACACAUUAGAAACUAAACGUGUUCAAAAUUUAUUUUUUGCGGGCCAGAUAAAUGGCACUACUGGAUAUGAGGAAGCUGCUGCACAAGGAAUUGUUGCUGGCAUUAAUGCUGCUGCAAAGGUAUCUGGAAGGCCUGAAUUCGUGAUCAGCCGUACCGAAGGUUACAUAGGUGUUCUAAUUGAUGAUCUGACAACUCAAGGUACAAACGAACCAUAUCGAAUGUUCACAAGCAGAGCUGAAUUUAGAUUGUCCCUUCGACCAGAUAAUGCGGAUAUAAGACUUACCGAAAAAGGAUAUAAUAUUGGUUGUGUAUCGCAAGAGAGAUAUGACAGAAUGUUCCAAAUGAAGAUGAUGAUACAAGAAAUUAUACAGCUUCUGAAAGACAUCAAGAUGCCUGUCUCACGAUGGAGAGAGAACUUAGAUAUCCCACCCUGCAAAUCAACAAUGCAGAAAAGUGCUUUUGAUAUGUUGUCAAUGCCGCAAUUUCCAAUUGGUUUGGAAGAGCUUGUGAAAGCUCUACCAAAAAACUAUGUUCAUUUACCGGAGAGUCAUGAACUGAGAUGGCGUGUAAAAGUAGAAGCUGUAUAUGAGGCCGCUGCUGCAGAACAGGAAGAAGAAGUAGCCCAAGUCCAACGUGAUGAAUCUUUACUUAUUCCUGAUAACAUUGAUUACACUGCGAGGACAUUAAAUAUAUCAUUUGAAGAGCAAGAGAAGUUGAUUGCAGCUCGGCCACAAACCAUUGCUGCUGCAAGUAGAAUCUCGGGUGUGACACCAUCAACGGUAGUAAGACUUCUUCAUUAUGUAAAAAAAAGAAGUAUAGCAUGUUAGAUUGUAAUUGUAAAUAAAUUUUGUUUUUUUCUCAUACAAA